AUGUCUCAAGGCGACAACGGGGCGCCAUCAUCACCGCACGUAGCCGCUGUUGCCGUCAAGCUACCUCCAUUCUGGGACCGUAAUCCAGCCAUUUGGUUUGCCCAAGCCGAAGCGCAGUUUCAUCUGUCCGGCAUCACUUCCCAGACCACUCGGUUCUACAACGUCAUCUCGGCUCUGUCUCCAACCGCCGCCGAAGAGGUGCACGAUCUCAUCACCUCCCCACCACCCGAGAACCCGUAUGACCGACUUAAGGCUGCCUUGAUCAAAUGCACUUCCACAUCGGACCGCGAGCGCCUCAGGCAGUUGUUAUCUGCAGAAGAGCUCGGCGAUAGGCGUCCAACGCAGCUUUUACGUCGGAUGAAGCACCUUUUGGGAGAUGACGUUUCCGCAGUCAGUGACUGA